AUGCAUCGUCUUUUUACUGAGCUGGAGCCAUCUAUUACUAUCACCGAGCAAAACCUGGCAGACCGAGUUCGGUAUAUCUUACGUUCAAAUAUAUUUGAUGGCGCCGAACUCGAACGGCUACGACGUGAGGCUGUUCCCUCAUCAAAUGAAAACGCUACGACUGGGGGUUCGGUGCCACAAGUUGCAGAACAAUCCGCACACGUGGAUGCCGCCGAGAAUACCCCAGUGGUUGCUGAUUCAAAUGAUGAUGGAACAUUCACCCAGGAACUAGAAAUAUAG